UAUCCAGUACCAUGAUGAGAGUGACAUGUGUGAGGCUGUUGCUUCUUCUGAGUGUCGCCAGUGAAGGCAGCGGGGUGCUACAAAUAGCAAAGCAUGCAUGUGGCUGGAGGAACUUGGUGGUGCGGGGCGCUGGCCAGGUGGUGGAAAGCUACCUGGCUCAGUGCCACCUGGUUCUGGCCUCUUCUGGUCCCUCACCUGUCCUAGCGGACUUGCUCAGGAUAACCUCUGGUACAGGAGUGGUGGUGACUGUGAUGGAAGUUCCUCCCUAUGGGGACGUGAUGAAUGGCAAGACAGGGAGCGAGGAGAACCACCACCACGCCACGAGUGUUGCGGUCUCCGCCCUUCACCGCGGCCUGCACGAGUCUGACAAUGCUGCGUGUCGAGUGUUCAUCCUGGACCACACGGACGGCAAUGCCUCGGCGGCUGUCUGUAUUGCAAUGAAUGCACAAUGCUGUGCAUAUAUGUGUGCAUGCACGCACAGGCUGCUGCGGCAGCGUGGGCUGUGGCUGCGGCCGAAGAUCCGCGUGCUGGUGCUGGGAAACACAAGUAACGUGGACGUGAUCCUGCAGCACUCAGCGCUGCGCAACACCCACCACGCCCUGUACAUCACAGCUGCCACACCCGCCGCGACACACGCACACUGGAUGGCAGCAGAGCUUCCUGGUCCUGGACUGUGCGGGGCUGUCAAGAUGUACCAGCGAUGUCUGCACUGCGGCAGCGUUCAGCCAUCAGUGCACCUCGUGCACCACUGGACCCUCGCAGGCGGUCUUCCCGAAAACCUCACCUUUUUUCAAGAUCGUGUCCGGCUGGCGGGACGCACGCUGAGGGUUGUGGCUAAGAACUACUUUCCCUACUUCCGCUACGAGCGUGUGAGUGACGAGCCUGGCACUCUGGUACUACCCAGGGACUCCCUCAACACGAGGAUGAUAGCGGCCAUCGCCACUGCAUACAACUUCACGUAUGUGGUGCGGGAGCCCGAGGAUGGGGAGUGGGGCUUGCCAGCUGGCGGCGGCAACUGGACGGGACUCAUCGGCACGCUGCAGCACGAGAAGGCGGACUUCUCGGUGGAUCUCACUGUUACCCGCCAGAGAGCUGAAGUGGUAGAUUUUUCUGGCAUAUACAUUGAUGAGCCAGUAGCAAUAUUUUCGUCAAAACCGAAGCCUCUGCCUGAGUAUCUGUCGCUGGUCAGACCUCUGGAAGGAGAGGUUUGGGUGAGCGUGAUGGUCGGCGUCAUACUGUGGAGCACUUCUCUGUGGCUGAUGCAGAAGCUGGGCCAGAAAGUUGUGCACGGACGAAGCAGUGCAACCUUUGCCUCGUCUGUCUUCUAUGGGUGGGGUCUGCUGCUCGAGGAACACCCUUACCACCCUCCCGCCAACCCUUCUGGCCAGAUUCUCGUAGGGUUUUGGCUGAUCGUCUGCUUCAUAGUGACAACGGCGUACAGAUCGUCCCUGAUUUCCCACCUGGUGGUGCAGGACCUGUCAGAUGCGAUUGACAAUAUGAACAAUCUUAUUGAGAGAGGGAAUAGCGAGGGUUGGACCUGGGGAGUCAGAAGGAUGACUGGAUCACUCAAGUCAUACCUCAGCUCGAGUCAAGAUCCAGCAAUGCUUGAAGUGUACCACAAAAUGAGAUACUUCAUGGAAUUAUUUUCGUUUGGACAGACCGUAGGUAUUGCGGAUGGUUUGGAGAAAGUGGUGAGAGGAGGCUUCUCUUACAUAUUCAACUACUACUACAUCAAACCUGUCAUCGACACAGAGUACACUGACGGAAGAGGAUACAGUCCAAUAUAUUCCAGCAAGACCAUGUAUCCGCUUUUCUCUGGAAACGCUUGGGCAUUUCGUCCCGGCGCUCCCUUCCAAGAGGAUCUGAGCCGAGGGAUACAGAAUAUCUUGGAGGGAGGCUUGGUCGCCUUCUGGAUGGAUGACGUCAUCAGAGGCUAUGUGAGAGAGGAGGGGAAGAGAAGAGGGGAAGGCGGCACAGGAACACAGCAGCUUUCCUUCACCACGAGUGAAGACGAGGAAGCAGUGCUGCGGCUGACUCACAUGCAGGUGACAUUCUACACACUGCUCCUGGGCCACGCCGCCGCCUCAUUCGUCCACCUCGCCGAACACCUGCUGGCCUGCCGUCCGCUGUGACUCACCCUGCUCGCGCUGCACUCUGCUACACCGUGUGUUGCGCUACCAUAACAAGCUGUAGCUAUUCUAGAUGUGCACCUCUAGGAGUUAUUGAGAGAAGAUUCUCCAUCAAGAAUAAAAAAAUUACUAUAAUUCACCAGAACGAGAGGCUGCAAAACAUGCAUCAUCAAAAAACGAAAACUCAACUUUGCAUGGAUACUGAGGCUUUGGAGAAAACAAUAGAUAGAUAAACUGAUUGGAAAAACAUCACUACAUAUGUAUGCGUAUAGAA